UUUUACGCGACAUAAGUUCAAGAUCUCCGAGCCAAGCGACUCUCUUUUGUGCGAAUAGAGGCGAAAUUUGAACGGGAAUUGAAAUUGCCACCCUCCGUCAUGGACUUAGAGGCGAUAAAGGAACAGUUGAGUGUGGUGGAGGAUUUGGCGGAAGCCUUUUCCGACGUCAGUCUUCUGAGUGGGAAAAAAGUGCAGAUGCGACUGGCGGCCAAAAGUCUUGCGUUGAAAUACGGAUACGUCAAUGAAAAUGAGGAGUUCGUUCCUCCUCCGGAGGUGCUUCUCUAUUUAGUGAGAAUGGGCAGCUUUAAUUCGGCCUCAAAGAUCAUCAACGACGAUUGCCAGGACAAUGACGUGAACCUGCCGAAGAACAUUAGCAGAUCUGAACUUCUGCAAUAUUGCCAUGAGCGCCCUUACGGCCAACUGAUGUUCAAAAGAGCCUUCAAAAAAUCCAAUGGGAAACGAGCAGACGAAAGCGACAACAUGGGGAUCAAACUCAGAAAAUUGCACGCUGUUACCGAAGUUUGCAGUGACUACACGACCAGUCCUCAUAGCCUGCGGCUGUUCCAGUGGAAUAUAUUGUCUCAAGCUUUGGGCAAAGAAAACGACAACUUUGCAAGAUGCCCCGAAGAAGCCCUGGAUUGGAACCACCGCAAGUACCUCAUUGUGGAAGAAAUCAUCGAAUACUGCCCAGACGUGAUUUGCUUGCAGGAAGUCGACCAUUUCCACUUCCUCAAGCACGUGCUGGAAACUCAGGGCUACACUGGCAUGUUCUUCCCCAAGCCAGACUCGCCGUGCUUCUAUAUCGACGGGAAUAACGGCCCUGAUGGCUGCGCGAUCUUCUUCCGAACCGACAAGUUCGAGCUGCUCCGCGCGGAAACUCGAAUAUUGGAAAUUUGGCGAAUACAAAGCAACCAGGUGGCCCUACUGAUGAUCCUCAAAGUGAAGCAAACUGGACAGGAGAUUUGCGUGGUCACCACGCAUCUGAAGGCCCGAAGAAGCGCGCUAUUGGCCACUUUGAGGAACGAGCAGGGCAAAGACUUGCUGGAGUUUGUCAGGCAGAAUUGCGGCGAUAGACCGACGAUUUUAAGCGGGGACUUUAACGCCGAACCUGCGGAACCCAUUUAUGGAACGGUGUUGGGCAGCGGCCAACAUUUGGCCAGUGCCUAUGCCGAAUGCGCUGGAAAUGACUGGAUUCCAUCAGACAAACGGGAGCCUCCCUACACCACCUGGAAGAUACGGGACGAGGGCGAAGUGUGUCACACAAUCGACUACAUUUUCUACUCAAAAAACAAACUCGAUGUUGAUGGAGUGUUGGAACUGCCCACGGAAAAGGACAUUGGACCGGACCGAGUCCCCAGUUUGCGUUACCCAAGUGAUCAUUUCUCCUUGAUUUGCGACUUUCGGAUACGAACUCACUCCAGUCAGGCCGAUAGUGAUACGAAUGUGAACACUUCUUAGGCUUUACCGAGACUC